AUGGGAGCAACAGAUAGCAAACUUGCUUUUCGAAAAGGAGUUUUUAGAUUAUUUGAAGAACGUAAUAUUCCUGCCUCCGAUGAAUACUGGUCUCAGUUUUGGCUUCUUCCCGAGUCAGCUGACGACGUUUUCUCUCUCGUGGGGGCUUCUGACAUUAGACGCGUAAGAGACCACGCGAGAGAGAAUUUGGAGACGCUUAUAUAUAAGGUUAUUGACCGCCUAUUUCGUAUCGUACGAGCGCCGGAUUUUCCAUCAUCACAAAACUCGACAAGUCAACUUCUUAAUUAUCUUCAAACACAAUUAUUAUUUAAUAUUAACGCAAAAGAUUCAAGUGAAAGAUCAACCAUUAACAAGAAAUUAAAAAGCAUAGAAAUGAGAACAGAAGCUAAAGAAACUGAACCUCAAUUAUCUUCGCCCCUCGGAGAACGAUUAUUAUCAAUGAUAAUUGAUCUCUUAUUUUUAUCCGGUUUUACGUUACCGACAAACAUCGCCACGGAAACACGAGUAAAUUACGUGAUUUGGGAAACUGGAGUAGGUUCCACAAUACCCAUUGGCUCGACAAAAGAAUACGAUUUGAAUAAAACUGAAACUCUGCGACUUUUGUUGGUUCUUCUUUCCAAAUCGAUGUAUUUAUCAGGAGGUAAAUUUAUGGCCAAAGAAAGCAAAUGUCUAAAAUUUUUAGCACUUAAAUCGGAACGUAAAGUUGUUUUGGCAUUGCUAUGCAGUUUAUUAAACACAGCGGUGAAGUAUAAUCCUGCAGGAUGGGGUGUUCCAUACAACUACAUGGUAUUCGCUGAUGCACGUGAAACGCUUGUCACUUUGUGCUUGCAAGUACUGUUAGUUCUAUUAGAUUACAGAGCACCAGCAAACCGUGUUAACACGGAUCCUAUUACGGGAGAAGUACCUAAAAGAGUUGCUUCGAUAGAAACUACCAAUAAUGAAGCACCAUUUCAUCCCUUGAGCCCUACCUCUUCUAGCCCUUUGGAAACACCGACUCCCCGAACAAGAAAUUCUCAUCAGCAAGAUGAUGCAAGCAACGCAGGAUUUUCAGUUUCUAAUGGAUGGCAUUUAUCGUAUUUUGAGCAAUCCUAUGCAAGUGAGUUUAUAAUGGUCGACCACGCAAAUAAUACGUAUUUACCUGGUUCUGCGAAGCCAAUUCGGUGUCAUCCGGAGAUGUUGAUGCUUUGUUGGAAGCUAUUAGAAAUUAAUAAAAGAUUUCGUACAUAUUUAUUGGAAACUGAUAGAGUUUUGGAUGUAUUGAUUGUGUUAUUAUAUUAUGCUUUAGAAAAUAAACAAGAUCUAGCUCAAAGCGGCUUAGUGCGUAUGUGCGCUUUCAUACUACAAACUAUAUCUGCUGAUCGUAAUUUUGGUGUCAAAUUAAACAAAACCUUUGAAGGCCACAGCUCGUUACCUAGCAAUGUUCGCAUUGCUGCGUUUCAUGGCACUUACGCAGAUUUUAUGAUUAUUUCAAUCUAUGCGUUAAUAUCUACUACGCGCGGAACUUUGCAUUCUCUUUAUCCAGCAUUAAUCCUAACCAUCGCAAACGUAUCGCCUUAUUUGAAAAAUUUGUCAGUUGUAACCUCUACCAAACUAGUGCAAUUGUUUGUAUCAUUUUCCACGCCGGGAUUCUUGUUAUCCGAAGAAGGAAAUCACCGCUUGACUGGGUACAUGUUGGAAGCAUUCAAUAAUAUUAUCCAGUAUCAGUUUUCAGAUAAUCCGCAUGUAAUAUACGCCAUUGUAAGAACCCAUAAAAAGUUUGAAGAUCUUGCGGAAUUCACAUUGGCAAAAGGUUUACUAGAAAUAAAACGGAUUCAAGCAGCCAAAGAAGAACGAAGAAAACAAGCACGUGGAUCAACAAAACAGGUGGUAGAAUCUGACACUAAAUCUCUAUCAUCCUCAACACCAUCAUCACCUCUCUCUCAAGACGCGGGAACCACAAAACCUUCUUCAAGAUCCGACAGUAUUAACAGUCGACAGCACGGUAGUAACGCGACACAUCAUAGCGAUGAACAUGACGAAUUUAAUGAGAAGGCAGAAUUAAUGCAUUCCUCUAUUCAUUCUGAUGAUAGUCAUGGUGGUGGCGACCACAAUCACAAUGAAAAUGAUAAUGAUGAAGGAUCUGGACAUUUAUCAGAGAAAGCACGUGGAAAGCUGCCAGAAGGGGUGAGUCCUGCUGACCGUAGGCAAAGCGGUGACAGUUCACGAAGUCAGAAUAUAAUUGUUCCACCAUUUGCAGUUGGAAAAUCCGGAUUCGUGCCAACAGAAGAUUGGGUAUCCUCGUGGCAUUCUAAUCUACCAUUGGGUACAAUAAUCAUCCUCCUAUCAGAGCUGGUGCCACAAGUUCAAUCACUAUGCGGCGCGCAAUCACACUCCUCCGAACAAGAAGUACUUGAAUUCCUCAGAUCAGUGACCCUUGUUGGGAUCUUACCACAGCCUCAGGCAGUGUCCCCGCAUCAUUUUUUAUGGUCGGAAGCGAGUGUUGUGUGGUUCUCGAGUCUCUUAUGGGGUCAAAUAUAUCUGGCCGGAUCGAAUUUGGGUGUAUUUAAUGGAACGCAGGUGAAACUUUUCUUGAUAAAAACUACGAUUAAAGAGGAUAGGAUUAAGAAUGCAUUAGGGACUGCGGUGGGUGGAGUUCAAGGUGUUAUUGGUCGAAUUACUACUGCGACUCAUACACCACCAGCAACGGAUGCAAGUUCUAAUUCCAUCUCUAAUACCAACGGUCCUGCUAAUAAUCCUACAGUUAAUCCUACCGCUUCAUGA